AUGUGCCCCCACAACGACCUCACCGACAUCGACAUCGACCUGAUGGUGGAAACCUUCCAGUCCGGCUAUAAUGAGUCCGCUUCUGACGAUUGCUCCAUUCUCUCCAACCCGGAACAAUGUGUGAGCUCUUUCACCUUGGACACUCUCGCGUCUACCUGGUACAACCCGGGCCAACUGCCCUCGGGCUUCCCCGGCACAGAACCGCUCUCGACUACCACCGAUGCCGGAAGCCUUACUAGUGCUCCGGAUCCAUAUACCUUCUCCAUAUUCCCGAGCUAUAUCACUGUCAUCACUCCGGCUCCGUAUAACGCGAAAAACGCUGCGGCAACGGGGUCAGGAAGCUCUGGUAGCUCCGGCGACUCGGGUAGUUCGGGCAGCGCGGCUAGCUCUGAUUCUACCUCGACCGCGACCGGUAACACUGCGUCUUCGACUAGCAAGGGAGCUGCGAAUAAUCUUGUAUCGCCCAUUAGCUUCAACUUCGGUAUUUGGGGUCUAGCCACUUACACGGUUGUCUGCGGUGUGUUUGGUGCGGCGUUGAUCCUAUAG